UUCAGCUCGAGCCUCGGCCCAACAAAAUGGCUGCGGCGGUGGCAGCGGCGGCGCUUUGUUUCCUCAGCUCCUGCAGCGGCCUGUGAGCUGUGGGGCGGGAGGCGGGGCGGCCACCGCGGCGGGGACGGUGACGACGACGACGACGACCACGAGCAGUCCUGCGCCUUUUGAGCCUCUCCCGGGUCCGGCCAGGAGUAAGAGCGGCGCCCUGCGGUCGCACUAGCGGGAGCGGGAAAGGGGAGACAUGAUCAUUGAGUCUCUGAGGUCGAGGCAGGUUUUAUUAUAGGAGGGAGACUUCUGUGAGCUAGAUGCCUCCUUUCGCUCGGUCGUGUUGAUUCUUGUGGAGAAGUUGGUUUUUUUGUCCCAAUGCCGCUGACCAUUGUCCCGCGGUUCAAAAAGUUCAACCGAAGUGGGCUCACGUUGAGGGAAGAUUAUGCCCAAUUUUCUGGGUUAAUGUGGAUUCCAGUUUUUGCAGAAAAUUGAGGAACAAGUGCCAUAAUGGCUGCCCUAAAACCUAAUGAAAGCAAGUUGAAUACAUUGGUGCAGAAACUUCAUGACUUUCUGGCACAGUCUUCUGAAGAAUCUGAAGAGGCACAUUCUCCUCCAAGACUGACUAUGAGCAAGGUUAUAGAUAAAGGCAGUAGGUCUGGAAAUACUUCAGAUCCAAUGGAAGUCAUCAGGGAAGAGGGGAGUACCUCUUCAGAGAAAGCCAAAUCUUUAGGACCACAUCGUUCAAAAAGGAAGCCUACAGUUGUAACAAAAUAUGUAGGAUCAGAUGAAGAAAAAGUAUUUGAUGAUACUCUAAAUCCAGAUGUUUCCAUUGACACUUCAGAAACUGAUAUAGCUAUGCAAAGCUUGCCUAAAGGUACAGUGGUUGUACAACCAGAGCCAGUGCUGAAUGAAGACAAAGAUGAUUUUAAAGGGCCUGAAUUUAGAAGCAGAAGUAAAAUGAAAACUGAAAGUCUCAAAAAACGCGGAGAAGAAGGUCUGCAUGGAAUUGUUAGCUGUACAGCUUGUGGACAGCAAGUGAACCAUUUCCAGAAGGAUUCAAUUUAUAGACACCCUACACUGAAAGUCUUGAUUUGUAAGAAUUGCUACAAGUAUUAUAUGAGUGAUGAUAUUAGUCGUGAUGCAGAUGGAAUGGAUGAACAGUGUAGAUGGUGUGCAGAAGGUGGAAACUUGAUUUGUUGCGACUUUUGCCAUAAUGCUUUCUGCAAAAAAUGCAUUUUGCGCAACUUAGGUCGAAAGGAGUUGUCUGCAAUAAUGGAUGAAAACAACCAAUGGUAUUGCUACAUUUGCCGUCCAGAGCCUUUGUUGGACUUGGUCACUGCAUGUGAUAGUGUAUUUGAGAAUUUAGAACAGUUAUUACAGCAAAACAAAAAGAAGAUAAAAGUUGAAAGUGAAAAAAGUAAUAAAUUAUUUGAACACUCGCACAAGUUUUCUCCAAAGAAAAAUGUUUCAACUUGUAAUGGAGAAGAAAAGAAAGUGGAUGAUUCUCAUUCUGGAAGUGUAACUUACUCUUUUACAGCACUAAUGGUGCCAAAAGAAAUUGUUAAAAAGACAAAAAAGCUGGUUGAGACCACUACAAGCAUGAAUGCGAGUUUUGCAAGAUUUUUGAAACAGGCCUCUGAAAAUUCAGAAAUGAGCACAGUAGUAAAGUUACGCCAACUUAAAGCUUUUAAAUCUGUGCUGAAUGAUAUCAAGAAGGUCCAUCAUUCAUUAGAAGAAGGAGUGAAUAUGGAGAUUCGUGCUUUGGAUACUUUAAAUAAAGAGACUGUUACCAUGGAGCAUAAAGCUGAUAUUCUUAAACCAGAAACUGAAGUUACAAAAUUAGAAGUAUACUAUGAGUCUAAAAAGAAGGACUUUUCAAAAUGUGACAAUAAAUUAUCAAUGAAGCGAGUUGGAAGUGAAAUGGUUGGUCAGAGUCUUCCAGUGGUGGGGCAACCAGCAAAUAAAAGUGCUGGUGCUGAAGAUAAGAAAUCUAAUAGAAAAGAAGCUCGCUUUGAGCCUGCCAACACUUCUGAAGCCUUAGAUAUGGAUAUUGUUUCUGUUCCUUCUUCAGUCCCUGAAGAUAUUUUUGAGAAUCCUGAAGCUGCUAUGGAAGUUCAGGUUUCAUCUGAAAACCAACGUGAUGGCAAUAAUGCUACAGAGCGAGAUGUAGAGCAUUCUGUAAAAUCAAAAGACCACAAAGGAGGUACCAAAUUCAAAAUAUCAGCUAAGGUAACAAAAGAAUUGUAUGUUAAACUCACUCCUGUUUCCCUUUCUGAUUCUCCAGUAAAAGCUGCUGAUUGUCAGGAGGCAACACAAGAAAAAGAAGAAAACAAAAGUUCUGUUACUUCUAAGGCAGAAAACCGUAGCUCUCAAAAGGAAAGAAGUUGUGAUGAGGAUUUUGUUGAAAAUGACAUUCCAUUAGUUUCAGAAGAAGCUGACCUUCGAAGAUCCCCACGUGUAAAGACUACCCCUCUAAGGCGACAGACUGAAGCCAACCCUAUCACAUCCAAUUCAGAUGAAGAAAAUAAUGAUGUGUAUAAUGAAAAACGUAAAAGAAAGUCAUUAGUGCAGUCAGUAAAAAAGGAUAAACGGACUUCUUCUGAUAGUGCCAUCGACAGUCCUAAACCUACUAAGGUGCCUAAAUGUAAACCAUUGGACACUGUGGCUCCUAGUUCAGACUCUGAAGAAAUUCCUGCAGUUCUCAAAGAAGUUGCUAUGAUGAGUCACAGUUCUUCUGAUACUGAACAGAAUGAAACAAAUGAAAAUGUUCCAAAGAAGUCUCUGUAUGAUAUAAAGACUCAAACAUCCAAAGGUGACAAAGGAAAGAGAAAAAGGAAAAAUUCUACUUCUGGUUCUGAAUUUGAUACAAAGAAAGGCAAAGCAGUUAAAAGCUUCACAGGUUCUAAAAAGAAACGCCAUAGCCAUUCAGAAUCUUCCAAUUAUGAUUCUGAAUUAGAAAGAGAGAUAAAGAAUAUGUGUAAAAUUGGAGCUGCCAAACAAUCCCAAAAAAGACAUUCAAACAAAGAGGAUUAUGGUUCUUCUGAAGAUGAAAAGCAAAAUGCAAAAGGAUCGAGCAAACAAAAGAAAAAAGGUACAAAGACUUUAAUAAAUGAAUCAUCUGAUGAUGAUGGAGAAGACAGACAAAAGAAUUCUUGCUUUUCAGAAGAUACAGUUAAUAAAGAAAGUAUGUCCUCACAACUAAGAGAACCAGUAACUAAGAAAGAUGCAGCGACAUCAUCUGAUGUUCACAAAAGUUAUGUGAAAGAAGAGGUUUGCUCUUCUCCUGAAACCUGUAAGGAAGCAGAAGCUAUUGAACAAAGUCGUCAUCUGAAAAGCAAACCUAUGAAAAAGGAUAGUUCAUUUGAUGAUGUUACUGAGAAGUCCUCACAAAAAGAGGAGUGUGGGGACUCUUCUGAAGAUGAGAAGAAGCAGAAGAAAAGGAGAAUUGAAACAAAAGAAAAGAAAUCUUCAGAACUGAAAAAGUUUCCUAGUCAGGAAAAUGAGGUGACAUCAUCUGAUAUUAUUGAAAAGUCACUUGAGAGAGAAGAUAGUUCCCAUUUGACUGAAGAUUUUGACCAAAAUAAGCAAGGUUCAGCUGAAGCAGAAAAGAAAAAUAAAAAGUUAAGAGAGAAAAACUCUAAAAAGAAGGAAGAAUUAUCUGAUGAUAUUGAAAAGUUAACAGGGAAAAGUGAAAGUGGUGAUUAUUCUGAAGGUAAAAAAGGAUUAUCUGGUAGAGAAAGGAAAAAGGAAAACUUAGGGGAGAAAAGUUCAAAGACUGUUCACUAUGGUUCAUCUUCUGAUGUUGAGAAGUGUCUCCCAAAAGAAGAGUGUUGUGAUUCUUCUGAUGAAAAGAGAAGGAAAAGGAUAGAGUCUCGGGAAAGGAGAAAUCUAAGUGCAAAAAUAAAUAUCAAGGCAAAACAAAGUGGCUCAUCAUCUUCUGAAGCAGAGGAGUCAUUUUCUGAGGAUAGCAAACGAAAAAAGAAAAUACCCCUGACAAAGAAUAAGAAAAAAGAAAACGUAAAAGACAAAAAGAAGAAGUCCCCCAGAAGAAAUGGUAAAAAGCAGCAAGAAAUUAUUAGUUCUUCUUCUGAUGAAUUGGGAGAUGAUGACCAGAAUUCCACAGGCGAGGGGAGUGGUGAUGAGCAGAAAAUUAAGCCAGUGACAGAAGACAUAACACUACCUUCAAAUGUUCAUUCUUCAGGUGAUGAAGCUGACAGACGAGAUCCUGUCAAUGUGGAUGAUGACGAAGAUGAAGAUGAUCCUGAGAAUAGAAUUGCCAAAAAGAUGCUCUUGGAAGAAAUCCAGGCUAAUAUUACCACUGAUGAGGAUGCAUCUUCAGAUGAAGAACCAACUAAAAUGAAAAAACGAUCUGCGAAACAAAAUGAAGAAAACACAGGUGAUGAGAGUGAGCCACAAAAAGAGCAUAACGUUGAGCAUGAUGAACACGGCAACUCUGAUACCGAUUCUGACUCUGAACAAUCCAAGAAACCUCGAUAUCGGCACAGACUCUUACGUCACAAACUGUCCGGGAGUGAUGGAGAGUCAGGAGAAGAAAAGAAGUCAAGGCCCAAAGAGACAAAGGAAACCAAACGCAGAAAUAGGAGGAAAGUGAGCAGUGAAGAUUCUGUUGAUACUGAUUUUCAAGAAUCAGGGGUAAGUGAAGAAGUGACUGAGUCUGAAGAUGAUCAGCGCCCUAGAACAAGAUCAGCAAAGAAAGCAGAGCUUGAAGAAAAUCAACGGAGCUAUAAGCAAAAGAAGAAAAGACGACGCAUUAAGGUUCAAGAGGAUUCUUCAAGUGAAAAUAAGAGUAAUUCUGAAGAAGAAGAUGAAAAUGAUGAUUCCAAGUCUCCUGGAAAGGGAAGGAAGAAAAUUCGAAAGAUUCUUAAAGAUGACAAACUGAGAACUGAAACACAAAAUGCCUUGAAAGAAGAAGAAGAGAGGAGAAAACGUAUUGCAGAGAGAGAACGGGAGAGAGAGAAGUUAAGAGAGGUAAUAGAAAUUGAAGAUGCCUCACCUAUCAAAUGUCCCAUUACAACAAAAUUAGUUUUAGAUGAAGAUGAGGAAACCAAAGAACCUUUAGUUCAGGUUCACAGAAACAUGGUAACCAAGUUGAAACCCCAUCAAGUAGAUGGUGUUCAGUUCAUGUGGGAUUGCUGCUGUGAAUCUGUGAGUAAAACCAAGAAAUCUGCAGGUUCUGGAUGCAUUCUCGCCCACUGCAUGGGUCUGGGAAAGACAUUACAGGUUGUGAGUUUUCUUCAUACAGUUUUGCUAUGUGACAAAUUGGAUUUUAGUACAGCUCUGGUGGUAUGUCCCCUCAACACUGCAUUGAACUGGAUGAAUGAAUUUGAAAAAUGGCAAGAUGGAUUAGAUGAUGAAGAAAAACUUGAGGUCUCAGAAUUAGCUACUGUGAAACGUCCUCAGGAGAGAAGCUACAUGCUGCAGAGAUGGCAGGAAGAUGGAGGUGUCAUGAUUAUCGGGUAUGAAAUGUAUCGAAAUCUUGCUCAAGGAAGGAACGUCAAGAGUAGGAAACUAAAAGAAAUAUUUAACAAAGCUCUUGUUGACCCAGGUCCAGACUUUGUCGUUUGUGAUGAAGGCCACAUAUUGAAAAAUGAAGCCUCUGCUGUUUCAAAAGCCAUGAAUUCCAUUCGAUCCAGAAGGAGGAUUAUUUUAACGGGAACACCCUUACAGAAUAACCUAAUAGAGUAUCACUGCAUGGUUAAUUUUAUCAAGGAGAAUUUGCUUGGUUCCAUUAAAGAAUUCAGAAAUCGAUUCAUCAAUCCAAUUCAGAAUGGUCAGUGUGCAGACUCCACCAUGGUUGAUGUCAGAGUGAUGAAAAAGCGGGCCCACAUUCUCUAUGAAAUGUUAGCUGGAUGUGUGCAGAGAAAAGAUUAUACAGCACUAACAAAGUUCCUGCCACCAAAGCAUGAAUACGUUUUAGCUGUAAGAAUGACACCUAUUCAGUGCAAGCUUUAUCAGUACUACUUAGACCACUUAACAGGUGUUGGUAAUAGCAGUGAAGGUGGAAGAGGGAAAGCAGGAGCAAAACUUUUCCAGGACUUCCAGAUGUUAAGCAGAAUCUGGACUCACCCCUGGUGUUUGCAGCUGGAUUAUAUAAGCAAAGAAAACAAGGGAUAUUUUGAUGAAGACAGUAUGGAUGAAUUUAUAGCUUCAGAUUCUGAUGAAACCUCAAUGAGUUUAAGCUCCGACGAUUAUACUAAGAAAAAGAAGUCAAAGGGAAAGAAAGGGAAAAAGGAUUCUAGCUCAAGUGACAGUUGCAGUGAUAAUGAUGUAGAAGUGAUCAAAGUAUGGAAUUCAAGGUCACGAGGAGGUGGAGAUGGAAGUGUGGAGGAAAUACCCAAUAUCUCUGCAGUUUCUUUUAAACAGGAAGAAAGUAAAACAGCUUCCUCUUCCAACCCAAGCAGCCCAGCUCCAGACUGGUACAAAGACUUUGUGACUGAUGCUGAUGCUGAGGUCUUAGAACAUUCGGGCAAAAUGGUGCUUCUCUUUGAAAUUCUGCGCAUGGCAGAGGAACUUGGAGACAAAGUUCUCGUUUUUAGCCAAUCUCUCAUAUCAUUGGACUUGAUUGAAGAUUUUCUUGAAUUGGCUAGUAGGGAGAAAUCAGAUGAUAAAGAUAAGCCUCUUAUUUAUAAAGGGGAGGGGAAAUGGUUUCGAAAUAUUGACUACUAUCGUUUGGAUGGCUCAACUACUGCGCAGUCAAGGAAGAAAUGGGCUGAAGAGUUUAAUGAUGAGACAAAUGUGAGAGGCCGACUGUUUAUCAUUUCUACCAAAGCAGGAUCUCUUGGAAUUAAUCUGGUAGCUGCUAACCGAGUGAUCAUCUUCGAUGCCUCCUGGAAUCCAUCCUAUGACAUCCAGAGCAUAUUCAGAGUUUAUCGCUUCGGACAAAAUAAGCCUGUGUACGUCUAUAGGUUCUUGGCUCAGGGAACUAUGGAAGAUAAAAUCUAUGAUCGUCAAGUCACCAAGCAGUCUUUAUCUUUCCGUGUUGUUGAUCAACAACAAGUAGAGCGUCAUUUUACUAUGAAUGAGUUGACUGAGCUUUAUACUUUUGAACCAGACUUAUUAGAUGAUCCAAAUUCCGAAAAAAAGAAGAAACGGGAUACUCCCAUGCUGCCAAAGGACACAAUCCUUGCAGAAUUGCUUCAGAUACAUAAAGAACAUAUUGUAGGAUAUCAUGAGCAUGAUUCUCUUUUGGACCACAAAGAGGAGGAAGAGUUGACUGAGGAGGAGAGAAAGGCAGCUUGGGCUGAAUACGAAGCUGAAAAGAAGGGACUCACCAUGCGUUUCAACAUGCCAACUGGGACCACUUUACCUCCUGUCAAUUUCAACUCACAAACCCCGUAUAUUCCUUUCAAUUUGGGAGCCCUGUCAACAAUGAGUAACCAACAGCUUGAGGACCUCAUUAAUCAAGGCAGAGAGAAAGUUGUAGAAGCAACAAACAGCGUGACAGCAGUGAGGAUUCAGCCCUUAGAAGACAUCAUUUCAGCUGUAUGGAAGGAAAACAUGAAUCUGACAGAAGCCCAAGUGCAAGCUUUGGCAUUAAAUAGACAAGCCAGCCAGGAGCUUGAUGUGAAAAGGAGAGAAGCGAUCUACAAUGAUGUAUUGACAAAACAACAGAUGGCAGCUUAGGAAAGAAUACAAAUUUUCAAGUAUACACACACGCAUACGUGUGCAAGUGCACACACACACACACACACACACAGCUGAGUUCUUAAUUAGAGUUGAUUCCUCAAAUUAGGGAUUGCUUUUUGUACCUAAUCAAUUUCUUGAUUAAAGUGACAGAAAUGGUUUUAGAGUCCUUUUGACUGAAGUCUGAAAUUGGGCUUGUGCUAAGCCUGUAUUGAUUCAACCAUUUGAAAGCUGAGGGUUCUCUUACAACACACAGGAUUGAGUGCAAUAUCUAAAAUCCCAUUACUCUGACCCUUCUGAGUCCUGCACGUCCAAUUGUUCCAACAGCCUUAAGUACAGCUUCUGAAGAAUUUGGUGUUCUUCUCUAGUCUUUCUGCCAUUUCAAAUUUUCACUUGUAUGUGCUGGAAUUAGGGAUAAACUUUAGGGUUAUGGGUUAUCUUCCAUAUAUUAAUAUUUUUUCUCUCCCUUUUCCCUUCCCCUCCUCCUUUUUCUCCCUUCCAACUUAUAUAUGUCUUCCCUUCCCUUAUCUGUCUGUCCAUCCCUCCCUCCCCCUUCUCUUUCUUUUCUCUCUCUCCCCUUUGGCCCUGACACAAAGCACACGCAGAUCGAGUAUCUUCCACAUAUUAAUAAUUUCUCUUCUCUCCUUCUCUUAUCUUCCCACUCUUUCCUCCUCACUUAUCUACCUCCCUCUUUUCCCUACUUCCUCCCCAUCUCCCUCCACCCUCUCCUCUCUUCCUUUUCCUCUCUUUUCUAUCCUCCUCUUCUCUCUCCCCUUUGGCACUGACACAAAGCACACGCUGAUCACGCUUGGUGAGGGUGCUGGUGCUUCAUCCUGUUGCUGGCAACGGGGUACAGGCCAAGAAAAAACCAGCACCAAGCAUUUAAGGGUUAAGCCAGUAAUGGUUGUUGUUAGGUUCACACCCUGUUUUAUAAACAACAUCAAAAUGGCAGAACUACUGCUGAUUUUCAGUUCAUAGGAGGAAUGUGCUUAAACAAUUUCCAGUGCUGUCAGUAUUGUGAAAUCAUUCCUCUUCAAGAUAAGAAUCUCUGGCUUCCAUGCUCUUCUCCCUCUUCUCUCAACGCCACCUUCCACCCUACUAACCCCUACUUAGGUUUUCCUAGGAACUUGAAUGACUUCUUUUGUUUUUAAAAGGUUAAUUUAAGCCUUUCAGUUCCCACUUUUAUGAAUUUUACUAGGUUAAUGUCCCAUCAUACAGUUUUAUUGAGAAAUCGGUUGAGUUUUUUUCAUUGUUCUUUUAAUCAGUAUUGUAAACCUACCAUCUUUUUUUUUUUUAGCAUAAAAUUAUGUUGAUGGAGAGUCUACAAAGAAAUCGAUUAUUAGAACAUAGAAAUGAACUCAACAUGUUUGAGUUGGUGGCAUAACAGGUAAUAAAACUGCUAAAGAAUUAUAGAGGGAAAAAAGCUUGACAGCAUAGGCGCUAAGUAUUAUUGGACUCAACAUGAGUUGCUGACAUUAGCUAAAACUGUUUGAGUUAUUUUAAUCAUUCUUGAAUGAUUUCAGUUUUAUGUUUGGAAAGAACUAGUAUUUUGACAUCUAAAAUAUUGUGAGUGACUUCAUUUUUGUGAAGUUUUCAAUUUUGGUUUGUGAUAUAAAAUUUGUGAGGUCUGGUGGUGCAAAAGCAGCUAAAGUGGAUUUUUUAAAAAUAAAAUUUCUUCUGUGGUGAAAUGUCCCUGAACAGAUUUUCCUAGAUUGGGAUGCUUUGGCCAGUUGUUAAUUAGGAAUCUUGAAUUUGGGAUGUUGGGGACAAGAGAAUCCAACAUGCGAUCACUUUAGGAGAAAUGACAAAUAUUUAAAGGCGGGAGAUCUCCUAAUCAUGUUUCCUGAAUUCUGUAAAUAGGUUCUGCCCGACCUGGGGAUUUGUAUCAUGGUCUGAUCUUUUGCUUAGAGACUUAAAUGUGGAAGUUUUAGGCAACAUUUCAAAGAGAUGUUUUUCACCAUGGAGGAAAUUCUGUAUUAAAGGAGAGUAACAGAUAAGAGAAAUGAUUUGGAAAUAAGGAGGUUUGAAACAAAACUUGGACCACUUUACAGUCUUCUCAUUUGGCUUUUUAGCUGCAUAAUCUGUGCUUUGAAUAUAACACCAAGCUUUAACAAAUAUUUAAAGACAAAUACACCAUUAAGAUAAUAAAACUCAUUUUUGUAUUUGUUUUAGAUGUUUUAACUAGUUGCAAUGGCUUAAAAAUGACAAUUAAAAAUGUUGCUUGUAAUACAAUUUUGCCUGCUAAAUUCUCCACAUUUUGUAACCUGUUUAUUCCUUUGGAUGUAAAGCGUUUUUUGCUUAGUAUUGUGAUAUUGUAUAUGUUUUGUCCCAGUUGUAUAGUAAUGUUUCAGUCCCAUCAACCAGCUUUGGCUGCUGAAAUCAUACAGCUGUGAAGACUCGCCUUUGUUUCUGUUAGACGGCUUUUCAGUUCUGUAUUAAAUAUCUUAAGUACUGUAGAAAAGAUGUUCACCUCUUCCUAUAAGGCUGUUUUGUAAUAUAUAUAUAAGGACUGGAAUUGUGUUUUUAAAGAAAAGCAUUCAAGUAUGAUGAUAUACUAUCUUGUGUUUUCACCAUUCAAAGUGCUGUUUAGUAGUUGAACUUUAAACUAUUUAAUAUCAUUUAAUAAAGUGACCAAAAUACAUCA